CAAUUCUCAACUAUAAGAAUCCUUGCAUAAUGGAGGUUCAACAUUGUGCAGAAUCUACCACUAAAACAAUGGCUUAUCUUCAACCAUUGAUCUUCUAUAUUCUGUCCGCUCUUCCAAUAUUCUGGCUUAUAUCUCCCUCCCUUUCCUCUUUAGAUAAUGUUAAUGACAAGGUUACUGUGUCACUGUACUAUGAAACAAGUUUAUGUCCACGUUGUGCCUCCUUUAUCUCCAAUGACCUCGUCAAGGUCUUCCAUACUGACCUCCAUACCAUUAUCAAUCUAAGAUUGGUCCCUUGGAGCAAUGCUGAAAUCCAUUGCCAGGACUUUGAAAAUUUUGUGAAAUAUGUGUGCCAAGCUUAUAAAGGAGAUCAUAAACCAGCUGCUUGCAAAGCACAAUCAUCCAAUCUCAGCCCAACCAUCUAUGCAUCAUUUGCAGUACCCCAGCCGCCAGUAAUUCCAGUGGUAGACUUCUAUAAAUUGGCACUUCAAUGGCCUCCCUCAGUUUGUAGCUCUACUCUCAACUGUAAACUCCCAAUCCCAACUGAAUUCAAAAUACAUGGAAUUUGGGCGCAAGACGCUCAUGACAUGCCGGUGCCCCCGUACAAUGCAAGGAAUCCUUGCACCCAUCCACAACCUACUACAACCCCGCCACAACUCCAAAACUUGUUGAUAGGUGAUGUAGCUCUUGUUGGGAAGAAACUGAACAACCGAAACAAAGCGAAAGCCGAACCGGUGUUCUUUCUCUCCUUAUAACUCCUGUCAAAAAUUAUGGCAAGCACAAUAGCACAAGAUAUGUUCUCUAGCAACCUUAAUCAACCACAAAUCAACUAAUGCAACCACAAUAAAAAUAAAUAGAGACACCGGUAUUUUUACGUGGAAAACCCCUUUAAAUCAAGGGUAAAAACCACGGGACUUUAGAGUCCGAUCAAGAGCUCCACUAUCAUCAAAUGUUCAACUACAAGAUCACAAUAUCAAGCCUACAACAAGCAUUCAACUCCAACAAGGCUAACAAUAUGUAAUCUUUAGCAAAAGAGAGAAAAAUGAGAGAAUAUCACCAAAAACGCAGCUACUGAAAAAUGGGUAUUUUCGACGCUACAAGACUCGGAUGAAAAAUCCGACCGUACAAAGUCAAGAGCACCUUAUCGCCUAGCUGCUGUCCAAAAAUCAGCUCAAUCGAACCACGGAUGAACCUUCGAUCAAAGAGUUGAUCACUGCUGCACCAAGCUUAGAAAAAUGAAAUUUUCUACUCUCUUUUUCUCUGGAUGAA